GGUAAUGGGUGAUUAUAUUCAAACCCAUUCUGUGGUGAGUUUCCGUUUUGUUCCACAACUUCUCUGGUUUUGGAGACCUCGCCGAAUCCUCCACAAUCGAAAUACGCGCACCAUCAUCAUGUCUUCAGCAAGGAAGAUCACCUUGAAGAGCUCCGAUGGCGAGAUCUUCGAGGUCGACGAAGCGGUGGCCUUGGAGUCGCAGACCAUCAAGCACAUGAUCGAAGACGAUUGCGCCGACAGUGGAAUACCCCUCCCUAACGUAAACAGCAAGAUCCUCUCCAAGGUCAUCGAGUACUGCAAGAAGCACGUCGAGUCCCCCAAGCCCGAGGACCGCGCCGCCUCUGUCGACGACGACCUCAAGACUUGGGACACCGAAUUCGUCAAAGUCGACCAGGCCACCCUUUUCGAUCUCAUCUUGGCUGCAAACUAUCUCAAUAUCAAAAGCUUGCUAGAUUUGACUUGUCAGACAGUGGCAGACAUGAUCAAGGGGAAGACUCCUGAGGAGAUCCGCAAGACAUUUAACAUCAAGAAUGACUUUACACCCGAGGAAGAGGAGGAGGUUCGUAGGGAGAAUCAGUGGGCCUUUGAGUAAAACAAAAAAAAUAAACGAGCGAAACGCUUGUAUGUUACUUUCUCUUGUUGCAUGGUAACGUUUGAUCUUUGUUCUACCUGUGUUAUGCUAAACCUUGUGAUGUCGGUUGGGUGUUUACUUCAUUCUACAAUCUGUUAUAUUAUUUCAUCCAACUUAACUGACUUCGGCAUUUUUUUAAUACAAGAUGAACUCGUGGAGCACCCUUGUCUUCACAAUUGUUCCAUGAAUUGUUUA